GCUUCCACUUAUCCGCCCUGCACAUACACCUUCCAUGCAUAUCCAACACGAGACGAAUCAGAGAAGACAAGAGCCCAAUAGAGGUGUUGAUUUUAUUAGAUCAUCGAAGAAAAUCGAUUAGCUUAGGCAAUAAUUAAUAAGCUUUUGGUAGGAAAAGAGGAAAUACAUCGAAAUGUCCGCUCCGACAGCUCGUGCAUAUGCAUUCCGCAGGGCCGACGAGGCCACUCAACCCGACUUCGUCCGCGCCGCCCUGGCCGAGCUCAUCUCCACCUUCAUCUUCGUCUUUCCCGCCGUCGGCUCCAUCUUCGCUCUCGAUAAAAUGUACGCACACACAGGGAGGCCCGCAUCGGGCCUUUUGGCAGUCGCCCUCGCGAGUGGUCUGUCGCUGGCUGCAGCAAUGGCGGCAAGCAUCAAUGUGUCGGGUGGCCACGUCAACCCUGCAAUCACGUUCGGGGCCCUUGUCGGGGGAAGGGUCUCCCUGAUCCGAGCCAUCUAUUAUUGGGCGGCUCAGCUUCUGGGCUCUAUCAUGGCUGUCAUCUUGCUGAGGCUCGUCACUGCCGGCAUGAGACCGGUGGAACUCUAUUUAGCAGCGGGCGAAGGAAAGGGCCACGGGAUGCUUCUGGAGUUAGUGAUGACAUACGGGCUGGUCUACACGUACUAUGCAACCGCCAUCGACCCGAGGAGGGGCAGUAUGUGGAUCCUGGCGCCACUGGCGGUUGGCCUGAUCUUCGCAGCGAACAUCCUUGUGGGCGGGCCAUUCGAUGGGGCAGCCAUGAACCCGGCACGUGCUUUCGGCCCUGCACUCGUGGAAUGGAGGUGGCGCCACCACUGGAUCUACUGGGUGGGCCCGCUCAUUGGGGGAGCCCUUGCUGGGCUCAUCUAUGAGUUUCUCAUCAUACCAAUUGAAGCUCCACAUCCCACCCAGCAGCCCUUAGCUGCUGAGGAUUAUUAGAAGUUUUUGGCUGAAAAUGAAAAAUUAGAAUUAUGAAAGUAAAAAUAAGAUUUUAAGUGUGACCGAAAAAAAAAAAGAUUUUAAGGUUUUGGAAAAAUUAAGGUUCCUUUUAGUUUUUCUGUUGUGGGUCUGUAUAUCUAAAUUUUGCAAUCUGUUGUGGUUUCUUUGUAACACUUCGACUGUGUAUGUCUCUGUACAUAGAAUGAAAGAAAAAAUGGUAAAUGAGUGGGAAUAAAUAUAAGAACAUAUAUAGUAAGACCGUCA